AUGCCCAGCACAGUUCCCAUUACCUUAUGGAGCUUGAGUCUGUUUGUCGUGUUCUUUGGCUCUAAAGGCGUAGCCUGGUGCCAAAAUAUUCAAAAGGCUAAGCGCACCGGGCUCCCAUACGCCUUGAUCCCCAUUCACGAGCUGGAGUUCUGGGCAUAUUUCACCAAUCCAUUGUUUAGAUGGUGCUUUAGUGGCCACCUCUUGCUGGGAUCCGGAUGGCCCCGAUGGGCACGGUUGAUGAUUAAAGGUUGGACCUACGAGGACCGAGGAAGUGCACAUCGAGAGUAUGGUCCGGUCUUCCUCAUCGUCAGUCCGGCUGGCCUAAUCUGCUAUAUUGCCGAUCCAGAUACAGCUUUGUCAGUGUGCAUGCGUUGGAAAGUAUUUAUAAAGCCCCCGGAGAAAAUGAGAUUCACGCCCUGGGCUAAUUGA